UUUGUUAAAUUAAAGACCAUUAAAUUAAUGUAAUUUUUUUGCUCUCUCGUGUAAAUCAUUUUUGCAUUACCAGAAAGAUAUUUAAAAAUAACUGUUAUGCUUUUUUGUUGAUUUUUUUAAUAAAAAAAUAAAAAAAGUAUACAUUUUCCAGGACUGCAUGUACUAUCAUUUUCUUGAAUUCAUGAAAGAACAGAACAGUCAAAACUAAUGAAGUUGCACAAUUCUAAAAAUAAUUUAAACCAAUUAACCCAUCGUUGAUACUUCUGCUUUUUCUACUAUUGUUGAAUUUAUCCAUACUUAAAGUAAGAGGAAAUGAACUGGUUUUUGCAAAUGGAGAAAUAUUUAAGCUCAUAGCAUAAUAAUGUUAUAGUGUUGUAUAAUUUUAAAAUAAAAGGACAUUCUUUUGGCAAAAAAAGCAAAAAAAUUAGAUAUCAUUAGGUGACUCUAAAAAAAUAUUUUUUCCAAAUUAAUUUUAUUUAGUGAAAUGUACUGUCUUUUAGAGAACAAACAUGUUUGUUACACAAAAUAGUUUCAUCUGCAAUAAUAACAGCUUCUGAUAAUCAGUAUAAAAUACCUCUCCGGAGGAAAAAAAAAAGAUGGAGGCGGGCGAGAAAUGAACCUCCUCCUUUCAGUGGACUGCACAAACUUCCUCAUUUCUGCAGCAUUUAGAUGAUCCUAAAGCUGCGGACAUUUCCAGAUGAACAUUUUUUCCUUUUACAGAAAUGUUCUAAACAGUUUAAAAAGAAGAAUAGAUGAUCAUUUGUUAGUAGGAGGAAGUUCUCAUAUUGCAAAUUGCUCUGUGCACUUCAACUUCAGACUGAUUCAAACCAACAUGGACAGACUUAAGGUUUUGCUCUUUCUGUGUUGCUUACUUCCAUCUGAGGCAGAUGACUCCAAGGAUCAGCAUGAAUACUUCAUGUUCUCUGACUUCUGGUGUUAUAUACCAUCCAGAAACCCAGAGGAGGUGCAGUAUCUGAUCGACUGGUAUUUCAACAUGGAGUUUACCAUGCAGUACAACAGCUCUGCUGGGGGGUGGACGGGCUUCACUCCAGCUGGAUUCAUCACAGCAGCUGCAUUCAAUGCAGACAAACACGACGCUUUCCAGAGAGUGUUGGAGAGAAAACUUGUGUGUCAAAGAAGUGUUGGCAUGGCUUACAAUGGAACAGAGGGGGCAACAGUUGAACCCAGUGUAAGUCUCCAGGUAUUUGAGGACGAUAACUCCAUGCUCGAGUGCAGCGCUCUGGAUUUCUACCCCAAAGACAUCAUGCUGACGUGGUUCUCCAACGGACAGGAAGUGACUGAAGGUGUGACUUUUAGUGAAGUGUUGCCAAACGGAGAUUGGACCUAUCAGGCUCACACAUACCUGACGUUAACACCUGGACACCAGGACCACAUCAGCUGCAUGGUGGAGCACGCCAGCCUCAAAGAGCCCAAGAUUUACAACUGGGACCCGUCAAUGAACCAAGCCGAUCGCAAUUAUAUCAUCGGUGGAGUCUGUGCUUUGCUACUAGAAGCAGUGUUUUUGUGUCUGGGAGUGAUCUACUACAAACGGAAAUAUAAUUCCUUUACUGUUUAAAGGUAAAUAUAUUUAUAAUAUUUAAAAUUAAAACUGUAAUAGAAUCCAUAUAAACUACCUCAGUGUCUGACACCCUCCAAACGGAAGAAAAAGUUCAAAAACAAAACAUUGUUUUCACUUGAAGGACUUAAAAAAAUAAUCAAGUCAAGAAAUCUAAAAAUUCCUUUAUAAAAAGAAUGUUUUUAUAAACAAAUCUCCCAAGGAGAUCUGUCUCACGCUCCAGGCAACCAUCCUCACCCUGCAGGGAGUCUAGCAGAGAGUGAGACGGGGGCUGCCCACCCACACCCAGGAGUAGAACGCCCAUGAGAAGUGGGGUAAAAAUGGGCCAACCAGGCUCCCCCAGUGCUGGAAUUCUGAAGAGGACAAGGACUAGAUCCAGCACCACAGGGACACAGAUCCGCGGCUCAUGAUCUUGUCAGAGAACUCGGGGAUCCGGGGCUCCCAGGCCCAGGAAGCCAGCACCCAGGGGACAAGGCCACCGCCGCUGAGGGCCCUGGUUCCCCCCACCAUGGAUGGGGAAGGGGGCAGAAGAUCAGUGGCCCCUCCUUCUUUGUAUAAUGUGUGUGUUGAAGUGUAUGCUGUAGUAGGGUGAGGGAUUUGUUUAAUAAAAUCAUAACUUUUUUUCUUUUC